CACGUUUCAAUCCUCUAAUCUUUAAAACUCCUCUCUCAGAUCUGCCAAACAAACAAACAACAAUGACUUCCACAUCCCCUCCCACCCUCCCAAUCACCACCCCACAAACCGUCCCCUCGGCCGUCGAAUCCCAACCCCCCGCAAUCGCCACCCCCGCCUUCCGCGCCUUCCUCAACCGCAUCUCCGAAACCGUCACCAACGGCCUCUCCCAGCGCCGUCCCUGGUCCGAGCUCGCCGACCGCUCCGCCCUCUCCAAACCCGACUCCAUCUCCGACGCCGCCCUCCGCAUCCGCAAGAACUACUCCUACUUCAAGGUCAACUACCUCGCCGUCGCCACCGCCAUCGUCGGCUUCUCCCUCGUCACCCACCCCUUCUCCCUCCUCUUCCUCCUCUGCCUCCUCGCCUCGUGGCUAUUCCUCUACCUCUUCCGCCCCUCCGAUCAGCCGAUCGUGGUCCUGGGGAGGACGUUCUCGGAUCGGGAGACGCUCGGGUGCUUGAUCUUGUUCAGUGUGUUUGUGGUGUUUUUGACGGACGUUGGAUCUGUGCUUGUGUCGGCGGUUAUGGUUGGUGUGGCGUUGGUUUGUGCGCAUGGCGCGUUUAGGGCUCCUGAGGAUCUUUUCUUGGAUGAGCAGGAGACGGCUUCUACUGGUUUUCUGUCGUUCCUUGGUGGUGCUGCGUCUUCCGCUGCGCCUGCUGUUGUUGCCGCUCGCGGGUGAUGAUGAUGACAAUGCGGGUUCGUGAUCGGGUCAGAUCUACACUAUCACCGCCUUGGUGUAUCUUUUCGUUUUUUUACUAUUUCGAAAGAUCUUUUCAAUAUGAUUCGUUUGUUCAAUCGAUAUAUUUUAGGGUUUUAUAGAUCUGGAAAUGAUAAACGUGGAAAGUUGUGAGAUCUGCAUUAAUGUUUUGUUCUCUUGAUCUGGCAUUUAUAUAUAUGUUUUACUUACAUCUUUUAGCUUCUUGAACCUGAGUCUAAUUGUUGUUGGAAGAGUUUGGAUCUGUUUAAGAUCUAAAGCUUGUGUUCUUGUUUGACAUGUUUAUUGGAUCGUGUCACUAUGCAUGUGUAAUAAAAAAAUAAAAUAGAAAUGACCCAAACUUGGAUGCAUCUGUACGCAAAUGAUCUUGUGCAAAGUUCACGUUUUUGAGACGCAUCAAAACUUAGAAACAAUACAAGAGAUGCUAAAAGAAGGGUCGUUAAG